AUGUUUUAAUUGUGUAAAUGCUUUUAAAACUUUUCCAAAUUAAAAGUUUUUGCUAAUCAACUUACAAAAUCAAUAGACAAUGCAUAAAAAAAUGUAGCAUUUGCCUAUUUUCUCCCUAAAGAUUGGACUGAAAAAUAAGUAAAAGAAUAUUUUGAUCCUCAAGAUAAAUUAAUAAAAAGAAGUAGAUAUACAAAAAAAUAAUAGUUUAGCUCAUCAAAGACUCAUUUGACAAUCCUACUGGUAAAGCGAUUAUUGAAAUGGAAUCAGAACCAAUUGCUUAAAAAUUUAUAAAAGAACAUCAUGAAAAUUAUAUUGAUACUAAGGAUGUUUUAUAAUAAAUCGUUGUUAAACCAUUUAGUUUGAAAUAAGAAAAAAAUAAAUUAGAUAUUAAAAGAAGCGACAAAUAAGCUUAUAUAACAGGGUUACCUAGAUAAAUGAAGAAUGAAGAUCUUCUAGAUUUAUUAAUAGAUUUUGGAGAAAUAGAAAAAAUACAAAUUCCAAAAGAUUAAAAUUAGGAUUUUAAUAAAGGAUAUGCAUUUGUCUUAUUUAAAAAAGUAGAGGAUGCCUAAAAAUUUUAGACAUUUAUGAAUGGAAAAGAAUUUAUGGGAAAGAAAUUAGGGUAAAAAUAUAAUUAAUUAUAAAUUUUAGAGUCUAAUUAAGAGUUUUUAGAUUUGAUAGCUAAAAGAAGAACUUUAAAAAAGAAAAGGUAUAAGAUGGAGAUAUUUAAUAUGAAUAAAAUAAAGCUAAUUAUGGUAUCUUAUAAAAGUAGUUUGAAAUUGAAUGAGAAU